GCUUGAUCGAAAUAGGCUAAGAUAAUGUUUGAUCUGUUAGAAUCUAACAGAAACAAAAUGUUCUCGUCUUAUUAUGGUCGGCAGACUGUUGUCCUCAAGGUGGCAAUGUCCUGCGGAGGUUGCUCGGGGGCGGUUAAAAGGGUGCUCACCAAAAUGGAAGGCGUCGAGAGCUUCGACAUCGACAUGGAGCAGCAGAAGGUGACCGUGAAGGGCAACGUCAAGCCAGAAGACGUUUUCCAGACGGUCUCCAAGACCGGGAAGAAGACCGCCUUCUGGGAGGCCGAAGCCACUCCGGCCGCUGCUGCCGCUGAGGCUGCGCCG